GGCAGGGGAGGGGAGUGGGGGAACAGCAAGAGAUCAAAAAUAAACCUCUUAUGUCAAAGCCGGGGGGGAAAGAAAGUAUAAAUACAGCGGGUUCGGCGGAGGCUGCGGGGGAGCGGCCGGGAGCCCGGCGGGGCGGCGGGGCCGGGCGAUGGGGCGGCGGGCGCUGCUGGGGGGCCGGGCUCCGCUCCACCUGCUCCUGCUCUGCCACGCCUGGGCUCUCCCGCCGCCACCGGAGGCACAAGCGGUGCUGCCCGCCCGCCUGCCCGCCCCGUCGGGGCAGCUGGCCCUGCGGCUGGCAGCCUUCGGCCGCGCCGUGGUCCUCCGCCUCCGUCCCGACAACGCUUUUCUGGCCCCUCGCCUCCGCUUCCAGCGCUUGGGGGGUCGCCGGGUAACGGGACGGAGCGCAGCCCGCCGGGGUUGCUUCUAUUCGGGAGCCGUCGAGGGGAGCCCCGAUGCCCCCGCCGUGCUCAGCCGCUGCGGGGGGAGCGGCUUCCGAGGCGCUUUUCUUCUCGACGGGGCGGCUUACGAGCUACAGCCGCUCGGGCAUCACCCGUGGCCCGGCCCGCCCUGGGGCCGCCCGCACCGCCUCCGGCGCCGCGCCGCCCCGCCGGGCCCCCCCGCCGCGCCCGGUACCGGCCCCGGGGAGCCGCUCCGCAGGGCCAAGCGCUUCGUGUCCCAGGCGCGCUACGUGGAGACGCUGCUGGUGGCUGAUGCUUCCAUGGUGCGGUUCUACGGGGAGGACGUGGAGAACCACGUCCUGACCCUGAUGUCCAUGGCAGCUCGCAUCUACAAGCACCCCAGCCUGAAGAACUCCAUCAACCUGGUGGUGGUGAAGGUGCUGGUGGUGGACGAGGCGGCGGCGGGGCCGGAGGUGUCUGACAACGGGGGGCUCACCCUGCGCAACUUCUGCAGCUGGCAGCAAAAGUUCAACCCCCCCAGCGACCGGCACCCCGAGCACUACGACACUGCCAUCCUGCUGACCAGACAGGACUUUUGCGGACACCAGAGCUGCGACACGCUGGGGGUGGCGGACAUUGGCACCAUGUGCGACCGCAACAAAAGCUGCUCAGUGAUCGAGGAUGAGGGCCUGCAGGCAGCCUACACGCUGGCUCACGAACUGGGCCACGUGCUCAGCAUGCCCCACGACGACUCCAAAACCUGUGAGCGGCUUUUCGGGCCCCUGGGCAAGCACCACAUGAUGGCCCCUCUCUUCAUCCACCUGAACAAGACCCAGCCCUGGUCUCCUUGCAGCGCCAUGUACCUCACCGAGUUCCUGGAUGGAGGGCACGGUGACUGCUUGCUUGAUGCCCCUACUGACCCCCUCUCCCUCCCCGCUGAGCUGCCUGGCCGAGGAUCCCUCUACAGCCUGGACCAGCAAUGCCAGCAAAUCUUUGGCAAGGACUUCCAGCACUGCCCCAACACCACCGAAGAGGACAUCUGCGCCCAGCUCUGGUGCAGGACGGGCAGCGGGGAGCCCCUGUGCCACACCAAGAAUGGCAGCUUGCCCUGGGCCGAUGGCACCCCCUGCAAAGCUGGGGGGCUAUGCUGGGAUGGCCAGUGCGUGCCACAGGAUGCCCUGAAGCCCCAGCCGGCGGUGGACGGCGGCUGGGGCCCAUGGAGCCCCUGGGGCUCCUGCUCGCGGAGCUGCGGCGGCGGCGUGCAGUUCUCCUUCCGGCACUGCGACAGCCCCAAGCCCCAGCACGGCGGCCGCUACUGCGAGGGCCAGCGCGCCAAGUACCAGUCCUGCCACACCGACGAGUGCCCACCCGAUGGGAAAAGCUUUCGGGAGCAGCAGUGCGAGAAGUACAACAGCUACAACUUGACGGAUCUGGAAGGGAAUCGCCUGGAGUGGGUUCCUAAAUACGCGGGAGUGUCGCCCCGAGACCGAUGCAAGCUCUUCUGCCGAGCCAGAGGGAGGAGCGAAUUUAAAGUCUUUGAGGCCAAAGUGAUCGACGGGACGCUGUGUGGACCGGAUACCCUCUCCAUCUGUGUCCAUGGCCAGUGCAUCAAGGCCGGCUGUGACCACGUCGUUGGCUCCUCCAAAAAGCUGGACAAGUGCGGGGUGUGCGGCGGCAACGGCUCCACUUGCCGGAAAAUAUCCGGCUCGCUCAACCGAUCCAAAUACGGCUACAAUGACAUUGUCACCAUCCCCGCUGGGGCGACCAACAUCGACAUCAAGCAGCGCAGCCACCGCGGGGUCCGUCAUGAUGGGAAUUACCUGGCCCUGAGGACCCUCGAGGGCAAGUACCUGCUGAAUGGAGACUUUGCCAUCUCGGCCAUGGAGCAGGACAUCAUCAUUAAGGGGACAAUCCUGAAAUACAGUGGCUCCAUGACGACCCUGGAGAGGCUGCAGAGCUUCCGCCAGCUCCCGGAGCCCCUGACCGUCCAGCUGCUGACCAUCGCCAGUGAGAUCUUCCCACCCAAAGUCAAGUACACCUUCUUCAUCCCCAAGGAUGUCCCUUUCAGUAAGCAGAAAGGCAAAGAGAAGAAGUCGGCCAACAUCAUCCGACCGAUGCUGACAUCCCAAUGGGUCCUGGGAGACUGGUCCGAGUGCUCCAAGACGUGCGGCUCCGGCUGGCAGAGGCGGACGGUGGAUUGCCGGGACGUGGAGGGACAAACCUCCUCCGCCUGCGACAGAGCCCUCAAACCCGAGGACAUUAAACCCUGUGGAGAUAUCCCCUGCCCUCUCUGGCGCUUGGGUCCUUGGUCCCCUUGUUCCCAAACUUGCGGUGGGGGCAUGCGGACCCGCAACGCCUCUUGCAUCGAUUACACGGGGCAAAUCACCGCCCCGGAGAAAUGCAGCUCGCCAGGGCCACCACCAGUCACCACCACCUGUGUCCUGCAGGAAUGCUGAGCUGGGAUGGGACAGUGACAGGCAGGACAGCGAGGACGCUGCAGGUUUGCUCGCCAGAUAAAUAACCACUCUCCAGCAGUUCAUCCCCACCCCAUCGACGUCUACCUCAGAGUGGGGAAUAACGGCAGCAAAAUGGGGAGGAAUCUUGUUUGGUUUUUCUUCUUGCUUUCUUCUUUUCUUUCUGACUGGUCGUAAUUUAAGGUGGGAAAAAUAAGUAUAUCCAUAAGGCGUUUCCAAAGAGCUGGUGUUAAACAUGGUUGCAGACGGUUUGUAAGGUUUGCUGGGGUUUGGUGCUGGAAAAACAAUGCAGAGCUUGGCUUUGCCAUCAUCCUGUCCCAGCUGCGGGUCAAGGAGGUCCAGGGUGGUGAUAAAAUCAGGCUCUCUUUGCAAAAGGCUGUUUUUUGGGUUGCCAUCCCCUCCCUAUGUGCGUGUCCUUGAGCAUGAGGAGCAUUUUAUCGGCUGUGUGUUUAGCCUGGGAGAUAACUCGCUUUCUUGGCUGGGAAUGGGGGCUGGAUCCUGGCACACAUUCGGCAGGGGCACAGGUGAGAUGGUCACAGCAGUUUCUGCUGUAUUUAUAUAUAAUUUCUGUCUCCAAACAUCCCCAGCAUCUGCAGAAUUAUUCCUACAGCUGCAACCCACAUGCCUUGAUUUCCCCAGCUAUAAAACCAAGGCUUAGUUACACCUGAUCUGGCUUGCAGGGUCGCUGUGAGGAUUAAUUAAUUACUAAUUCUGCAGUGCUUCGACUGUAAAAUGUCUGUUGCAAUACCCUGUCCCCCCGCUGGAGCAGACACUUGUGUGUGCCGGUGUUUCCUCUCCCACCCAUGUUUUUUCUGGUCUCCCGCAUGCUCAUUUUCUCAGCUCUGCUUUAAUUUGGGAGAUAAUUUGCUAACCUGGCUCGCAGCAGGGAUGAGCCCAGGAUCUUUAGAUGCUGAGCCUCUCCGUUAUUCUCCAUAUUCUUCACCUCCGCUUGCCCAGGAUACGUGAAGAUGCUCAGAUCUGGCACUGCACUCCAGCCUUGCUUGAGCAAAUCUCGGUCUAAAACUGAGCCUGGCAAGGCCAAGCAGGAAGGGAAUUUGGGAAGGUUUUGCCAUGGCUGGACAAGCAAUUCGGUAUCUCCAGGCUCCUCUCUCGAUGUCCCUUGUCACUUCCCUGUGGUACCCUGGCUCCCAUUUUUGGCAGCAAAAUAUUAAAGCUGUGCCAGAAGCCCCAUGAUUUAUUUGAAAACCUGAGAUAUUCGGCUUUUCUGUAGAUGAUUCCUGUUGAAACCACGGGGGCUACACCCAAGGACUGAGAGUACUGAGGGGAAAAAGAAAUAAAGGCCAGCUGCAGAGUUUGGAUGCAGGGCUGUUGGGCUGUUGUUCAGUCCUACCUUCGGGCAAUGUUCUGUGUCUGCUAAUUAAUCUCUAGGAAUUUAAGUCCUUUCUCUCUCCCUCUACAACAAAUAGCUGGAUGCUAAAGUCAUGUAGCCUUGCAGGGUUAUUAUUUUUUUCCCUUUUUUCCCCCAUUUGAGGCUGCAAAGGUUUUAACUCCAAAGCCAGCGUGUGUUUCCUCUCCAGCAUUUAGGAGGGGUCCGAAAUUUCAGCCUGGGAGAGCGCCAAGGAAAACGUCUGUAUUUAUCACACAGGAGUCGGGCACGCCAAAGGUCUCUUCCAGUUUUCUCUUUUAAUAUUCACUGCGCAGUCGCUUAGCUGGAGCUUCCUAAAUGCAAAACCUCCCCAUCGUGGGCAAAUCCUGCUGCUUUUCCAGUGAGGAGGAGGAUGGAGAUCCCGUGGAGAUGCUCGGUUGAGGUGUGGGGGAUCUGAGUGACGUUAAGUGGGAUUCCUGCCCUAGCCUUGCCAUAGAAACAUGUAGUCUUUACACCAAUUUAAGUCAAAGAGGUUAUAUACUAGGAUAUAUAUAUAUAUAUGUGUAUAUAUAUGUUUCCCUUCAGUGAAGGAUUGUAGCAAUGUACUGAGCCUCUUGUGUUAGGUAUUUAUUAUGAAUUUCCGUUUGGUUUUGUACAGUAGCUGUCUGGAAAGGAGAGAGAGGAAGAAAUUAGAUUGACUGUGUUUUAACAUGCUGCUCCCACGUCCCCACUCCGAAACGUGCAGCAGGGUUGGAGAGGGGACGUCUCUGCUCAUUUUUUAACCACUUUGGUACAUGACUGGUGUCUCCCCCUCCCUGGUGCCCCCAGAUCAGGGUGCGAUUGCCAACUGAGCUGUGUAACAAAUCCUGCCAAAAUUAGGCUUUGGACUUUUAUUUUAGGAGGGGGAAAAAUUCCGUUUUCUGGUUUUUAGCCGUCUGUUUGUAUUUGUUUCUAGCCUUUCGUUUGUAUUUGUUUUUAACUUUGAAAACAGUCUGUUUGUGACUCUGCCUCUACCCCUUCAAUAAAGGAUUUGCUGCCUCUUA